UGCAACACGCACACGCAUCACAUGUCCUUUUGCCGCCACGCCUCUGGCCCCUCUGCUUAUAGCUCGCCGUCUUGCAGCCAUGCCUCCACCGCCAUCCACGCCACUCCAUCACCGCGCCCUGUUGCUGCUGCCGCCUGCCCCGGCGCCGCCUUCGUAUGCCGCACUCAGGGCCGCAUACAACGCCCCCGUCUGCACCGUCCUGAAGGAGCUUGCUGCGACUCAACGCACCGCCCAGGGACCUACUCUCGUGGAGAUUGCUCUGCCAUGCCCGCACCUGUACCGACAGCUGGACGCGCCACGGGGACCUCACUACGCAACGACGCAGCAGCUGGUGGCCGGCCUCUACAAGCUCAUCUGCCUCGCUGCGAGCAGGGAUGCCAUCGACACGGACGAUGAGGACGCCAUCGACGCCCGUGUGGUACUUGUUGCGUAUCCCAGAGACGGGCAGCUGACAGCGCCCCUGGCCGAUGCGACUCCAGAGCAGGAACUACAAGGGCCAGCCGUCGACAUGCACACGCUCGCACGCAGCCCUCGAGCAUGGGAUACUGUCUAUUCAGUAGAGAGUGAAGAGGGCGAGCAAGUGUUGAGGGCCUUUGGCUCUCUGUCCAAGUCUCAAUACGCUGUGAAAAAGGUCCGAGGCGGGAUAGUAAGUGUCGAUGCCUCUGAGCCUGGACCAUGUCACGACCAAGCCAAGGCAACUACAAACCACCUCUCGGUCGCUGUUGGGGGCACUUUUGACCACCUCCACAUUGGCCACAAGCUGUUGCUGACCAUGUUCGCAUUCAUGCUCGGGAGGAGACAGGCCUCGACUCCAGAGACCAGCCCCAGCGUGCUGACAGUGGGCAUCACGGGCGAUGCGCUUUUGAAGAACAAAAAGUUUGCACAGCAUCUGCAGAGCUGGAAAGACCGCCAAGAAUCAGUGCACAAUUUCCUGUCGAGCCUCGUCUACUUUGGGUCACCGGACGACGAGCGCAUCCAUGUUGAAGAAAUCAAGGAGGCAGGACCAAACGGCCACGCUGUCCACGUCACGUAUCCGCUCGGGCUUACUAUCAAAUACGUCGAGAUAUGGGAUCCUUUUGGCCCGACCAUCACGGACAAGGACAUUUCGGCGCUGGUGCUGUCGCUCGAAACACGGAGCGGGGGCGCUGCAGUCAACCAGAAGCGAGAUGAGCAAGGCUGGGGCCUCCUGGAGGUGUUUGAGGUUGCGGUGCUGGAUGCCAGCGAAGAGGACAAGGUGGAUGAGACGUUCCAGAGCAAGCUGAGCAGCACGGAAAUGCGUCGCAAACGAAGCGAGCGCACGCGGUGUGCAGCAUAGGCGCGGCCAGGGCUGGGGGGCAAGGCAUGAGGCGGAGUGGCAGAUGCUACAUGUCUCCUGUUACUUGGCCGAGGCGAGCUGGGGCGGCAUGUGGCGGCAUGUAAGUCGAUGGAGAGAGAAAAGGACAAGUCGGUGUCGGAGGUUGGCUUGCUGUGCAACGAUGCACGGCGAUUGUGUGUGCCGGCUGGGGGGCACGAGGGCGGGCGACAUGAUGACGUUUCUGGGGCGAAGACGGGGCGUGGAUGCAGGCCACACGUUUGCUGUCAGGCGAGCAGCCGUGGGCUGAAUGGUUGCCGGCAGCGUAAAGGCAGGCGGCCGUCAUCUUGUGCGAGGUGACGGAGCUUGGCCGCAGCGGACAUGUAUAGCAGCACCAUGGGGCGACGGCAUGAAUAUUAU